AUGGACUUGGCUUGCUGUGUGCCCAGCUCCUGCCAGGUAGCCAGCUGUGUGUCUGUGAGCUGCAAGCCAGCUCUGUGUGUGGUUCCCUCCUGCCAGUCUUCUUCCUGCUGCCAAUCCUCCUGCUCCACCUUUGUCUGCACACCUGUCACCUGUGGAAUGGCAUUCAGCUGA